AUCACCUCUUUCCAUUCUCUCCUGUCAAAGCUGCCUACCAAAACCAUAGCAAGCCUUGUAUCCAUUUAGAAAGAAUCGGUUCCGAUUGACCAGGCUGGUUUUGGGUUAUUGGAAAAAUCCGUAUCUGGCAAAAAUGGCGUCCGUCAACCCGUUUAAUGUGAGCGACUCUGAUGAGGAGGCUGAGCGGCGUCCAAACGAAACUGUUGACACAGAAAGAAGCCCAAGCGAGGGAGCGCCAGGGCCGCCGCCAGGGAACUCUUUCUCCCCUUCUGCAGACGGCGAACCUCCGACACUUCUGUUGUCAGGCAACCGAACGAGUCCCAGCGGCGAGGGCAUCCAGUUUCCGGCUGCGGCGACCUCGGUGAUGGCGGGCGGCACCGAGACAAGGGUGUCAGUAGAUGUUAUUGCUGCUCAGCUCUUACGGGACCAAUACAUUCUUACGGCCCUGGAGUUACACACCGAACUGCUGGAAGCAGGCAGGGAGCUACCGAGGCUGAGGGAUUAUUUCUCUAACCCUGGCAACUUCGAGCGACAGAGCGGCACUCCGCCUGCCAAAGACCAAGUCAUUGGACCCGGUGGACCGCUGAAUCGAGCAGGCAGCAUCAGCACCUUAGACUCCCUGGACUUUGCCCGUUACUCAGACGAUGGUAACAGGGAGUCAGACGAACGGGUGGCAGUGCUGGAGUUUGAGCUACGGAAAGCAAAGGAGACCAUUCAGGCUCUGCGCGCCAACUUGACUCAGGCAGCAGAGAGUGAAGUGCCCUCACAGGAGAGGAAAAACUUCAAGACUAGUCCUGAAAUCCAGGAGCCUAUCCGCCCACUGGAGAAGAGAGCCUUAAACUUCCUUGUGAAUGAAUAUUUAUUAAAAAACGAUUACAAACUUUCAUCCAUCACCUUCUCUGAUGAAAAUGACGACCAGGACUUUGAGUUGUGGGAUGAUGUCGGCCUCAACAUCCCUAAGCCACCUGACCUACUACAGCUCUACAGGAGUUGUGGCACCCCCCUGUCAUCACCACGCAGCACAGUAGAUGUUUCUGUUGCGGUGGAUUUUGCUGAUCUUCCAGGAAACUGCACCGCUCAGCAGUCACCAAAGAAGCCCAGCCUUUACAGUCAGAAACAGACAGAGGUGGUGCAGGAGCUGGAGUAUCAGAUCAGCCUCCUCAACACUGAGAAGCAGAGCUUCGCUGAGCAGAUCAAGAAGCUACAGAGUGAGAUCCAGACACUAAAGAGAUCUGUCAUCUCCCCACCUCUGACCACUCUGGACCUGGGAUCCCAGAAUGCCCCUAAUCCCCUCUCCUCCUCCACCACCAUUACUAGCAACACCACCACUACUUUCUCCACAAACCCUCUCUCAAUGCCUUCGACAGACAGCAGCCACUAUCUCGACAUUCGGGGGGAUUCAGAUUCCAAGUGCGAGGUGAACCCUCCCCAUCAAAACACGUCACAGUCCUGUCCGCAGACGCACAGUGAAAAAAAGAAUCGGCCCCCUGUUCAGUUUGACAAACCAAACAGGAAGUUAUCCCCAGUCUUUCAGCAAACCCUGCUGUCCUUCUGCAGAAUGUGCCCUGACAGCCGGCUGGGAGCAGAGGUGUCUCGUAUAGCAGACAGUGAGGAGAGCGUGAUGCUGAUGCUGGGCCGCUGUCUCCCACACAUUGUCCCCAAUGUCCUCCUUGCAAAACGAGAGAGAAUGGUUACACAUCUUUGCCAGGAGUUAAUUCCACUUAUCUUAUGUACCGCCUGCCUUCAUCCAGAACCUAAGGAGAGAGACCAGCUCCUUCACAUCCUUUUUAACCUAAUCAAAAGACCAGAUGACGAACAGAGACAAAUGAUCCUAACAGGCUGUGUUGCAUUCGCAAGGCACGUUGGUCCAACUCGAGUUGAAGCUGAACUACUCCCCCAGUGCUGGGAACAGAUUAACCACAAAUAUCCAGAGAGGAGAUUGCUCGUGGCGGAGUCCUGUGGAGCCCUAGCGCCAUAUCUGCCUAAAGAGAUUCGUAGCUCCCUGGUUUUGUCCAUGUUGCAGCAGAUGCUUACAGAGGAUAAGGCUGAUAUGGUCAGGGAAGCUGUGGUCAAGAGUCUGGGUAUCAUCAUGGGUUACAUCGAUGAUCCUGACAAGUAUUCCCAGGGUUUUGAGCUGAUGCUGCUCUCCCUGGCGGACCCGUCAGAGCGAGUGGUCAGCGCAGUUCACCAGGUUUUUAUCCCCGCCUUCGCUGCCUGGACGACAGAGCUGGGCAUGCUGCACACUGCACUUAUUCCUUCUUUGUUGGCACGUAUAGAGAAACUACUUAAGCAGGGAGACCAUGGCUUAGAUGAACACAAGUUACACAUGUUCCUGUCGGGCCUGCAGUCUCUAAUCCCUCCUCUGUUUGCUGUGGUGCUGCAAAAUGCUCCCUUCACCAGCAGAGCCAUACUCAAUGGAGACAUACCUGCAAUAGAAGUUACACGGUUUCCCCGGCCAGCAUCGCCACUUCAGGAUGUGGCUACAAUUAUUGGCAGCAGGGAGAUGCUGAGUGCUCUUCUAGUACUUUAUGACCACCAACUGGAGCAUGAAGGAACCACAGGCUGGGACAGUCUCCUAUGGGUGGUCAAUCAGCUUCUCCCUCUGCUCAUAGAGAUUGUCGGUCGGAUCAAUGUUACUUCAUCUAUUUGUGUCCAUGAGUUCUCUCGCUUCUUCUGGAGAUUCUGUCGCACCUUUGGCAAAAUCUUCACCAACACUAAGGUGAAACCACAGUUCCAGGAGAUUCUGCGGUUAUCUGAAGAAAAUGUUGAUGCUUCAGCUGGUAAUGGCAUUCUCACCAAAGCAACAGUCCCCAUCUAUGCCACUGGAGUAUUGACAUGCUACAACCAGGAGGAAGAUCGCAAGUUGUUGGUUGGUUUCUUAGAAGACGUUAUGACAACACUGUCACUGUCUCACGCUCCCCUCGACAGCCUGAAGGCCUCGUUUGUAGAGCUUGGUGCCAAUCCUGUGUACCAUGAACUGCUGCUGACUGUUCUGUGGUAUGGCGUGGUCCAUACCUCUGCACUGGUGCGGUGUACAGCAGCACGGAUGUUUGAGUUGGUUCUCCGAGGCAUGAGUGAAGCAUUAGUAGAUCGCCGGGCGGCUCCGGCCCUCAUAACUCUGUGCAGUGGGCCUGAAUUCUCGGUGAGAAUAUCCACCAUCCCGGCCUUUGGUACCAUCAUGGAGACUGUCACACAAAAAGAGCUGUUGGAGCGUGUAAAAAUGCAGUUGGCGUCAUUCCUGGAGGACCCUCAGUACCAGGAUCAGCACUCCUUGCACAUGGAGAUCAUCCGGACAUUUGGAAGAGUUGGGCCUAACGCUGAGCCCCGCUUUAGGGACGACUUCGUGCUACCACAUCUCCACAAACUGGCUCUGGCCAACAACCACCAGGUAGUGGAGACCAAGAGGAUCGACAUUGCCAUGCAGCUGUUUGAAGCCUACAGUGCACUGUCCUGCUGCUUCAUUUCUGAGGAGGUGAUGAUCAACCACUUCCUCCCUGGUCUAAGAUGUCUCCGCGUCGACAUGGAGCAGCUCUCUCCAGAGCACGAGGUGAUUCUCAGCUCCAUGAUCAAAGAGUGUGAAAUCAAGGUGGAAAACAGGGGGAUGGCAGACGCACAAGGAAAAAGUGUGUGUCUGCGGAUGGAAGAAGCAUGUCUACAGUCUGCCUACGUGUGUGUGUGUGGAGGCAUACGUGUACAGUUUGGGCUGUGUCCUGUCCCUGAGCCGCAGGUCCAUGUCUAUUGCAUCCACCUUGGUGGGUGAAGAUGCCAAGACCAAGUUCUUAAGCAAGAUGGGUCAGCUGACCACCUCUGGUGCCAUGUUGGCCAAUGUCUUCCAGAGAAAGAAGUGAUCAAUUUUAGAUGGACCCUUACACUAAAUUGACAACCCACUCCCCCCGGCCCCUCCCUGCUGUCUCCGGAAGCAUUUCAUUUAACUGCACUGGUCCAUGAUCGGGGACCAGGCGAGUCUGGUGUUGUUGUUAAUACUAUUUCUAGGACAUGAAGGUUGCAGGUAAAAGCGUUGCUGGAGUCUGACUUCAUCCAAACAGUGUUGUUGAGGGUGACAUUUCAGAAAAUAGGGUGAGGCACUGAGAGAGGGGGAGACACUGAAUUCUUGAUCAUUUUUCCUUCAGAUGCCUCUGGACUUCUUAACUCCUCUGUUCAACUCUUCCAGUUUCAGAGAACUUCUCCUCAUCUUUAGGACACACAAAAUGCCUGCUGGAUUUCAUUUUAUGAGUAACAAAUGUGAUUUCUGAGCGAAGAGCUGCGUGAGACUUGCGUGUACUCAAAUCCGACGAAGGAUCGAACCACAGAAAGGCUCUGUUACGGCUCAGGUGUUAGGCCUACUUGAAACUGUAAAACAAAAAAAUUGCCUUUAUUUCCUCAAUGUCUGAUCGGUUUGUGUUUGGUUUGAUUCUUAUAGCUUUUUACUUGAUAACUUAUUUAUGUCUUAAUGAAGAAAACCUUACUUUAUUCCAACUUCCAAAGAAAUUUGCACUUCACUUAAUCAUUUUUGUUCUUUAUUUUACGCUAUAUAUAUAUGUGUAUAUAUAUAUAUUUAUAUAUAUGUGUGUAUAUAUAUGUUUAUAUAUAUAUAUACAUACAUAUACUAUAAAUAUAUUUGUUGCGAGGCUUACUGAACAAUAUCACUACUGUUGAUGGAUUUUUUUUCUGUUUGUCUGUUUGGCAAUGUUAAGCUGAGAAGAGAAAAAAAAAAAAAAAACACUGAUUAUAAUAUUUCCCUCCUGAUCUGUAGCAUCAUGUCUCUGUGUCUUACUGAAAGUUUUUUUUUUCUAAAGUAUUUAUUUUCUUCUUCCUUUUUAUUUUGGAUAUGCAGAGAAUACACUGAAUCCAAAAGGACGGUACUGGAUGUGUAUAUUUGAACCAAUGGUGUCCUGGUGUAAUAAAAGAUGGAGCU